AUGGAAUUUGCUUGUGGGUUUGUUUAUGUGCCACCAUCAUUGAGUCAGAAGGAGAGACGCUAUCCAAACAUUAAACGCUCAGCUCUUCUUCCUCCUAAUCCUCGGCUUCGUCCUCAGUCUCCUCCUCCGCCGCCGCCUGUCCCACCAAGAAAGCACCUUGAGACAGAGUCAGAAAAUAGCAAGGAUGAGAAGAAAGUCCUGGAGAACUCUGUUUUCUAUGAAAAUACUAGACUGGCAGCAGCUUCUUUGAGCAGUGUAAAACCUGAGCAGCCAACACCACCUAAAAAGACAGCUCUUCUUCCACCUCCCCUGAAAACCAGAUCAGAGUCGUGUUCAGAGCUGCUCAUUUGCCCUCAAUCAAGUAUCAUCAACCAAGAACUUGACUAUGAUGUCCCAAAAACUGAGCCGGAUUUAAAUGCACAACCCUGGGACCCGAACUACUCUAACAGUGUACCAGAAGGCACUGGUGGCGAGGUGAACCUGCCGGCUGAUUCUGGCAUUGUGUCAUCACAAGAAUCAGCAGAUCUGCCAGGAAAUCCUAACGUUGUUCUUGUAAGUUUAGGAAAAUUACUCUCAGAGGAAAAAGUUGACCCCAUACAGGGAGUACACAGCCUCUGCUCCCAGUGUAGCUCCGUGGUGGACACUUGCUAUGACAAUACGGUUGAUGAGUGUUACUUCUGUAAAUCCUCCAGUUUUUCCAACACACCCAGUUUACUGCAGAGUCCUCUAAAUAGUUACCAGGACGAACUCUUUUUACUCAAUCCUGAUGAAAAGCCUUUUUGCGAUACAGAUCCUCUGCUGCUCUUCUGCAUUGAUGUAUCAGGCUCAAUGAAAAUCACCUCCGAGGUGUCAGAGGGAGAGCAUACUGUGAAUAAAUCCCGUCUCCAGUUUGUCCAGGAAGCUGUGUCACAGUGCGUUGAGAGAUUAAACGAACAACAACCUGGCACAAGAGUGGGGCUCAUCUCCUUCAACCAUGAGGUGACAAUGCACGGAUAUGAGAAUUUCAAAUCGCGUUGCCUGAGUGGGGCUGAGUUGAUUGAAAGCCUCUAUUUGAAAGAGAUUGCAGCCAGUUUUCCUAAUCCACCUCCACUUUCACAGACAAAGGAGUAUUUAGAAAGACAAGUUGUGGGACUGUCUGCAAGUGGAGCCACCGCUCUGGGUCCAGCUGCUCUGCUUGCAAUUGCAAUUGCCUCCAGACAACCAGGCUCAAAGGUGAUUAUCUGUACAGACGGGAAAGCCAACACAGAGUUAGGAAAUCUAGAAGUGGAAGAUACUGAUGCUCUUACUCCCGUCUCAUCCACCAUCUUCUACCAGGAGCUGGGAGAGUUUGCUGCUGAUAACGGCGUCACAGUGUCUGUGCUGUCCAUAGAGGGAACAGACUGUAGACUGGAUGAGCUGGGGAAACUUGCUGAUCGUACUAGAGGAAAGGUGGUAAUAGCCAGUCCCAGCAGGCUGCAUCCAGAGUUUGAGCAGAUCAUUCAAAACCGGACCAUUGCCACACACUGUACUGUAAUUAUACUGCUGCCAAAAUCAAUGUGCAUGAAGGGAGAGAAGGAGGCGGGACACAAAGGGACCAGAGAGGUGGGGAAUGUGGACCCAGAUACAGACAUCACCUUCCAGUUUAGAGCAAAUGAAAAGGUCUCAGAAGUGCCGCCACCAUCUCCUAGUAGCCGUGUAUCCAUCCAGCUGCAGAUCAAGUACAGGCAGAGGAACGGGCGGACCAUGCUCAGAGUGAUAACUGCAGACCGGGAAGUUACUGAUGACGGCUCGGCGGUGCUGUCCUCACUGUGUCUGGCCAUCAUUCAGCUCAACUCGUCACAAGCCAGCGCCGCUCUGGCUGUCAGAGGUCGCUUGCUCGACGCCAGGAGGGAAGGAGACAUGCAGAAGCAGCUUAUUGAGAGAGCGAUAAAGCAUAACCACAGUGCAGAGGCAGAACAAACAUACAACGAAUGGGUUAAAACCAUGGAGCCGAUUUACACCAACUUCACGCAGAAAAACACUGUCAGCUCAGACUCGCAGUCUCUCACAGACGCUGCUGCAGUGCUGUUCUACACCAUGAAGCAGAGAAACAAGAAAUCUAUCUCAGAAUAAACACAAGCCCAGCCAACUGUCCUCCUUCCCCUUUUACCUCGUUGGAAAGCAACUCGAGUCUGAAUGUCGAGGCCAAAUGCUGCACU